CGAUUUUCUGCAAUAAUGGGUGCAAAAUCAUUAUUAAAAUUUUCAUAUUAUUCCAUUUUAUCAGCGUUCCUGCGGUACAAUUCUAUUGUUAUGAUUCAGAGUUAGAAAUUAGUGUAUUGCACGAUGGGUCACACUCAUUCGUUGUAGAAGAUAUAUGCGUUAGAGAAAAUACAAAAAUGAAUUUUUUGUGGCAAUUUGGUGGUAGGAGAAUUGUCCAGUAUGUGACGUCCGUGUCAGCGACGCUAUGUAUCCUGUCCUCAGAAAUGCAUUUUGGCUGGACUUCUCCAUCACUUCCACAACUAACUAGCGGUCAGUAUUCCUUCACCAUCAAUCAAGAUGAGGCUUCUUGGUUAGCUGUGAUAUUGUUAGCAGGAACGGUGGUGGGAGCUUUUUUUGCAGGUACGUCAGCAAAUCUCCUGGGUCGCAAGAAAAUUGUACUUCUGACAGCUGUACCGCUGCUGAUUGGCUGGUACAUGAUCGCUUUGGCCACUAAUGUCAAGGUGCUCUAUGCCGCCAGGUUCAUCGCGGGUAUGUCCAGUGGACUAUGUUUCUCUACGGUGCCCAUGUACCUAGGAGAAGUGUCGGAACCAGAUAUCAGAGGCAUGCUGACUUCCCUAGCCCCAGUCUGCGUAGUCCUAGGGGUCCUCUUCAUCAACGUAAUCGGCAACUAUCUUCCAAUAGACACCACAGCCUAUGUAUCAAGCAUAUUUCCAGUAGUUUUCGUUCUCACUUUCAUCUGGAUGCCAGAAAGUCCUGCAUACUUGCUCCAGAAAAACCAAACCGAGGCUGCCAAAAGAGCUUUGGUUUUACUGAGAGGUCCACAAGAAGGGGAGAAAGAACUCAAUCGCCAGAUACCAAAGUGA